AUGUUUAUAAUCAACAUUGCAUCACUAAUUAUCCCAAUCCUCCUUGCCGUAGCUUUCCUAACAUUAGUAGAACGAAAAGUACUAGGCUACAUACAACUCCGAAAAGGACCCAACAUCGUAGGACCCUACGGACUCCUUCAACCUAUCGCAGACGCUGUAAAACUAUUUACCAAAGAACCUUUACGACCACUAACAUCCUCUACAUCUAUAUUUAUUAUAGCCCCCAUUCUAGCCCUAACCCUAGCCCUAACAAUAUGAAUCCCCUUACCCAUACCAUACCCCCUCAUCAACAUAAACCUAGGAGUACUAUUUAUGCUAGCAAUAUCAAGCCUAGCCGUCUACUCAAUCCUAUGAUCCGGAUGAGCUUCAAACUCCAAAUACGCCCUAAUCGGAGCCCUACGAGCCGUAGCCCAAACAAUCUCAUACGAAGUUACCCUAGCCAUCAUCUUACUAUCAGUACUACUAAUAAACGGAUCUUUCACCCUAUCAACACUAAUCACCACUCAAGAACAUCUAUGACUAAUUUUCCCUGCAUGACCACUAGCCAUAAUAUGAUUCAUCUCCACCCUAGCAGAAACCAACCGUGCCCCAUUUGACCUAACAGAAGGAGAAUCAGAACUCGUCUCAGGAUUCAACGUAGAAUACGCAGCAGGCCCAUUCGCCAUGUUUUUCCUAGCAGAAUACGCCAACAUCAUUAUAAUAAAUAUUUUCACAACCCUCCUAUUCUUUGGAGCAUUCCACGCUCCAUACAUACCUGAACUCUACACCAUUAACUUCACCAUAAAAACCCUAAUACUAACAAUCCUAUUCCUAUGAAUCCGAGCAUCAUACCCACGAUUUCGAUACGACCAACUAAUACACCUCCUAUGAAAAAAUUUCCUACCCCUUACACUAGCCCUAUGCAUAUGACACGUAACACUACCCAUUAUUUCAGCAAGCAUUCCUCCCCAAACAUAA